AUGGGUAUCAUCUUUCUACCGAUCAACCCUAUCACCGCUGCUGGAAAUACCGGCGGGACCAUCAGAUCUUACCCGCAGCUCCUUUGGAACGAUAUACCGGGUAUGAUGGUUGUCGGGGCUAUAGGUCUCGAAGGUUUUGACUACGAAGAUAAUUCGAAGGGAUAUCAAGUGGACACUUAUGCCCCAGGCGUCGAUUUUCCUCAGCCUGGUGGAGGUUUAGUGGAGUCUGCAAGAGGGACACCAUUUGCUACUCCAAUGGUGGCCGGUCUCGCUGCAUAUCUCCGUGCCCGCCCUCAGUAUGGAGGAUCAAAGUUGCCAACAGACGUGAGGCAAAUUAUUUAUGACCUAGAAAGACCGCUUUCCUUCAAAAAUGGCGGCAAUCAACCGAAUCUCAUCUGGGACGGCCAAAGAGGCGUCACCAAUUGUCUUGGAAAUGUGCCAAGUGGUGAAAAACGCCUCUCCCAACAGCAGAGUACUGUCAAUGACGAUUCCGGCGACGAUUUUGAUGACGAUUUUGGGGAAGGAGGCUCAUGUCCAUACAAUUCCGGAAGCGGCAACCCUGGGAACAACCCAAUGUGCAUCUACGCUUCUUAUGAAUGGCGUCUCACAUCAAAUUUUCUUUUUCAGAUAGAGCGACUAACUCGGGAAUUUUACAGUACUCCAGCUUUUAUUAUAUAUAUCUCAACCAACCAGCACACCUCCCGAUUUUACCAGCGCCACUCCAACGCCCACAAUAACGAAUAG